AUGAGUAAAUCAAAGAUUCCUAAUCUCCCUGAUCUCUCUGAUCUCAUCGAUUACGAUCAUACUGUUGCUGGCCAUGCUGGAACCAUGACCACUGCCGAUGGCACCAUGUUCAUCAAGCCCUGCACCCAGGCAGAGCUCGACUUUUACCAAUCCGCAUACUCAGACCCCGCGCAUUCCGACUUCAAAGAAUUAAUGCCUGAAUUCUGGGGAACCCUGAGCCUCGUCGACCCUUUCGAACUCAGCUCUGUCGAAGACGGCGUUCCCGGUCCCGUCGCUUCACCCGAGGCCAAGAAGGAGCUCGAAACCUCCGUUACCGGACAGCCCCCGGCCGAUUCGCAUCAGGAGAAUGGAAAGUGGGUGCAGAACAAGUCAAAGAAGAUCAAGACUGAUCAGUCGGUCGUCCUUAACAACUCGGGCUGGGGUUUUGCCUCGCCCAACUUUCUCGACGUCAAGUUGGGCGUCAGGCUGUGGGCCGACGAUGCGCCUGCCGAGAAGAAGCGCAGAUUCGACGACAUCGCGAGCAAGACCACACACGCCCCCCUGGGCUUCAGGAUCGCCGGUAUGAAAGUAUGGCGCGGCUCCACCAUGAAGUCCGAGCUGGACCACAACGACUAUAAGGUAUACGACAAGGACUAUGGUCGCACCUACGUAAACACCGAUAACGUUGUCGAAAACUUCCGCAAAUUCAUCUUCAACAAGGCCGCCGGUAUCGAUGACGACCUAGCGCGCGCCGUUGUCUCGGCUUUCCUCCACGAUCUGCGAAACGUUGAACGUGUUCUCUCCUCGGAAGAGAGCAGGAUGUACUCGGCCAGCUUGCUGUUUGUCUUUGAGGGAGAUGGCGAGAAGCUCAGGGAAGCCAUUGAGCUGAACAACGCGGCCGUCGAUGGUAUCGAGGCCGCGGUUGAGGCCAAGCUUCAGGCAGAUGGCGAGAAGCCUGGUAGAACUACCCUCCGCGUCGAUAGUGGCAUCGAGCUGAUCGAGGAAGACCGUGUGACGUUCCACAUUCCCGAUGACGGUGACGCUUCAGACUCCGACUCCGACGACCAACUGUCCAAGGUUUUCACGUUGAAACUCAUCGAUUUCGCCCACGCGCAGUGGACCCCCGGCCAGGGUCCUGACGAAAACGCACUCAAGGGUGUGCGAAGUCUGAUCAAGAUAUUCGAAGAAAUGGAAAAGGAAGAGUGA